AAUGAGACGCAUAUAGUAUAUAUGUAUGGAUCAGGUAAAAUGGGUGUAGCAAGAAUAACAGAUGACACGUUGAACGAACAGCAAGUAUAUAGUAAAGUAUCAAAGUCUCAAAUUGGUUCAAUGUUUAUUGAACAACACAGACAGUACAGAUUUAAUAUCAGAAGUAGUAAGAAUAAGCAAAGUAUCAAAAACAGACAUAUCAUUAGAGAUCAUGCAAGAUGUCUUGAGGAUGUAUGAACAGCACCAUGAAGGCGAUGAAGAGUGGAAUUUGGGUGCAUUGCAAAAGGGUUACGGAUUAGCACUGGCCACCUUUAACGAAUUUCCAACAAAACAUGUUCAGAGUACCAACCUGUCCAGAGCAGUUCAGUUACCGAUCAUACUCGAUAGUUUCAUUGCCAGUUGUAUGUCAAGCUAUGAGGAUAUAGAAAAGGCAUUGAGCAAAGAAACAAGUGUUUAUUUGGAAUUUGAUCCCAAUAGUCUUUGGUCACUUGUGAUAUUAACAACCUGGAUAUUUGAUUUUCUCAAAUGGAUUCUACAUGAAUGGAAUAUUCUACUUCACUCAGAAAAACAUCCGAUAUCAGAGGAAAUGAUUCAUCAAAAGCCAGUACAUGCCGUAUUAUUCUUGCAUCAAGAAUCUAGAGACUACCUGAUGAAGAUAUUGACAUUCAUUCCACACUUUAUAACUUUUGCAAGCAGUGCUACUUACCAACUAGACCAUCUGCCCGAAUCACAGGCAUUACUACAGCAGUACACUGAUAAUCUACAAAAGGAGCCACCGGUUGUAAUUAGUCAAGUUGUUGAUUUAUUAAAUGAUUUGAGUCAUCUUGAAGCAAAUACAAAAGUCAGUAAUAGAUGGUCUCUACUCUUGACAUCUACUUUACAAGGCUAUUCAAUACCUAAACUUCAACAAGUAUCUUUAAAAUAUAAAGAUAAAUGUGUCAAACCAUGUAUUUAUAUUGAAAAAGAGAUACUUGCUAAAUACGAUCCCAUUCGUAAAAGACCCCUUGGAGACAAUGUAAAGACGCACUUAUGUAUUCGAUGUCAUCAACAUAUAUUACCUGUUCAUACCGACUCUGAUCUCUUGGAUCCUUCUUCUUCUGCUUCAUGGUAUCAAAGUUUAGGGCGAAGAUGUGUAUGUGGUGGAGUGUUUGUUUAAUUCACGACAAUGCGCAGUUUAAAUAAACGAAAAAAGAAAAAGGCGCGACGCGUGCGUGUGUGUUUCUAUGCUGUGCUAUGACUUGUUUUUUUUUUAAAAUUAGCUUAAACGCGGG